CUGCUGACUGAAAGCACAUGACCAAGCGUGUUUACACCUGCAGUCUUUAGUCAGGCGCUAACGUCAACUGUGACACGGAUACGCAAGCCUGUUUUUUAAACCAAGAUAAGACUUGACCGUGGGGUGAGAGAUUAUUGUUUGGCAGACCCUCGGCUGCUCUAGCCUAUCUGUAUCCCAGGAGAAACAACCCCUCUUUGGCCUCCGGCUCCAGGAAGCCAGAGCUCCUUGCUGUCCAACAUGGAUGAGACGGAUGUUGAACAGGUGACCCUGGCUCUUCUUGAUGCAGCCACCGAUAAAGACUCAGAAGUCCAGGAACAAGUCAGGAAGUCUAUUUUGACUCUGGGAAAACAGCAGCCAGACCGAGUGUUGGCCAUGUGUCAGGACUACCUCCUGAAACACCCUAAGCUGGUGGUGAGCCACAGAGUUGUGAUUCUUCGGACUAUUGAGCUGAUUGUUAGCUGCAGGAUAGAGGAGAUCAGUCCUUCCAGGAUAAAGAGUAUUAUCUCCCUGGCCUCAGAUGAAAUGACUCGAUCAAAGGAGGUCAUCCCAGACUGGCAGCAGGCAGCCAGUAAUAUCUUGGUCGCGGUGGGUAAUAAGCACAUCAAUGACAUCAUGGAGGAGAUACUAAGCAAGUUCCAGCCAGGGGUCCUGCCUCACUUCUUUGUAGUUCAAACACUGGCCAACCUCUCUGAUUCAAAUGUUUAUGGCAUGGUGCCGUUUCUGAAUGCUAUUCUGGGAACCAUGUUACCCAUGCUGAGCAUGGCAAAACAGGACAACAUAAAGUGGGUCUUCUCUUCUGCUCUGUCUCAUUUCAGCGACAGUAUCUUGGAGUACCUGGCCAACUUAGAUAAGGCUCCAGAUCCUUCAGUCAGAAAAGACACGUUCUCCAGUGACAUCUAUGCUGCUUUUGAAAUCCUCUUUAAUAACUGGUUACAAAGCAGAGAGCCCAAGUUGAGGCUGACAGUGGCUGAGGCGGUGGGAUCAAUGUGUCAUCUGAUGGCCAGCGAUAAACUGGAGGAACAGAUUCCCAGACUUGUUCCUGCCAUCCUGUCCCUGUACAAGAAAAACAACGAGCACUACAUCAUUAGCAAGAGUCUGUGCCAAGUCCUAGAUGCAUCUGUCAACAUGGGCAGCAGGGUGCUGGAGGCACAACUGGAAGCUCUGCUCUUUGCACUGCACCAACAGGUGUCUGCCCCUGUUGACUACAGUAACCCUCCUACUGUCAAGAACCACAAUGAGGUCCUGCGCUGCUUCAGUUUGAUUGCGAACUCUUUCCCAGAUCGCCUGGUUAUGUUUGUUCUUCAGAAGUUGGAGAACAGUAAUGAGAGAAGCAGGAUGGGCUCCUUGGCUGUCCUCCGUCACCUCAUCAACUCCUCCACUUCUACUAUGGAGAGCAAGAAGCUGCUGAUUCUGGCCAGCAUCAGACAGCCGAUGGCUGACCACAGCAACAAGGUGAAGAAGCGUGUGGUCCAAGUGAUCAGUGCCAUGGCUCAUCACGGCUACUUGGAGUUAGAGGGAGGAGAGUUACUGGUUCGAUUCAUAGUUCAACAUUGUGCUUUACCUGACACGUAUCAGCGGAGUCAGAGGCCCACAGAUCCAGAGGAGGUAACUAAUGAGUCACUCAGGUCAAUGUGUGACAACACCCUUCAUCUCCUCACUACCACUGUUGGACGACUAGCCGAUGUGAAUGCAGCUUUUCCAUUCAAUAACAGAGAUCAUGGCGCUCCGUCCCUCUCUCUCCUCCAAAUCCUCACUAUUAACAUUCACCCCAAUGCUGAAGCAGUCUGGGACAAAGAAAUAGCUCCACUGCUUACAGUACUAGAGGAGUCCUCUGCAGAGAGUCUGGAUAAGAAGGAGUGGGACAAGAGGUUACUGGAGCUCUUGUCUAAAACCCUGACAGCACUUGAUGAUGAUAAGUGGGUAUGUCAGUUGGCAGCUGAAUCAACCAGAUACCUCCCUACAUAUAACAACGCCUUAGAGGAGAAGGAGCGUAAUGAUGUCGAGGUGGAGAAGGUGAAAAGCACAUUAAUCCUGUGCUACGGUCAGGUGGCUGCGAACGCCCCUCCAGAGAAGAUUCUGAACCGCAUUGAUCAGGACAUCCUCCGCUGCAUCAGUAAACAUUUCAACACCAAGGUUCUGGGGAUUAAAGUAGAGACAAAGGACCUGACUAUGAAGCUCAGUUUGAUCCAGAGUGUUGGCCUCAUAGCCAGAGCCAUCAGUGAGUGUGUGAAGAAACAGGGCUACAUCUUCUCUCGCAAGCACGAGCUCAUUACUGUUAUGCUGGACUUCAUUAAGGCAGAGCAAGCUGAUGCACUGAGGACUCCAGUACGCCAGCUUGUGAUGAGCACGUGUGCCAACCUUAUUCCACUGGACCCUCCGAUGAGCGAGAAUGAGAACUUUGACUUGCUAAAGGUGUGUAUCAACAGUGUGUUCUGUCUGCCAGCUGAGACGAACACUCCAGAGAAAACUAAAGAAGAGGAGCCGCUCGACCCCAAGCAGAGAAAGGCGCUGUACAAAGACACGCUGGCUGCUCUGCAGGAGCUGCUGAAGAGCGUAUUGGCUAAAGAUCCAACACCCGACGGUUUACAGAAUAUCUUUAAGCACAUUGAAUCAUGGUUGAGUUCUGGACAGGACCACGAGAGGGAGCGAGCUAUCACAGCCACAGCUCACAUACUGGCUUACUACCUGGAUAACCUGACUGUCAAGAACAUGGUGUCUUUCCACAACCUUGGAGCUCUGCUGGGCCGCCUGUCUCCACGCUGUUCGGACCCUGUCCCUGCCGUGCGCGCUGCUGCCGUCGAGUGCAUACACACACUCCUUUAUAUACAACUUCGAUAUGAAGGAUUCUCUUUGGAUUAUAAGGAUGAAUCUGUGGACUCUCUGCUGUUGUUAAAGGAUCGGCUGGAGAACCCUGACCACUCAGUUCUGUACAAGACCUGCUCAGACCUUACCAAGGUGAUGAGUAAGCGUCUGCCUCAGCAGCAGCUGACGACAUUGGUGUUCAUGCUGUUUGAAGGGCUCGUCGACAGCCAGACAAACUGCUGCCGAGCUUCAACUGUCAUUCUGAAUACUCUGCUCAAGAACAGAGGAGGCGGACUACAAGAUAUGGUCCCAGAGAUGCUGGAGGUGCUGCAUGUGCGUCUGCAGAGCGUCACAGAGGACCAGGUGAGAGUGGCAGUGGGACAAACGGUACUUAUCCUGGCUUCUCAGCAUCUACAGACUGUUAUCAAUACACUAGUCAACCAACCACUUCCUUAUGACAACUGGAUCAGUGAGAUGUGGAUGGCUUUGGGAGCAGACCCCAUUGUAGCUAAUCAGAUCAUGGAGAUGGUGAUGGAGAAACUUAGCAUCAUGGCACCCUACGUAGACAAGAAGGAGUCAUUGAUGAGAGGAGGAACAACAAAGGUGGCUACUAAUCAGCCACUGGCUAUGACAUGCGGUCUCAAGGAGCUGUUAUUAAACGGUCAGAGUCAGGAGCCAGCGGUCAGUCUGUUCCCUCGGCUAUUCUCCUGCCUCACUGUGCGACUGGGAGCGAGCGUCGGAGUCUCAGCACCAAAGGACAGCAACUCAAAACACACUGCCUCCAUCCACGUCGCAGGGGUAGCAGCUGAAGCGCUGAGAAUUUUGUUAGCACGAGCCCAGUUAGAUGAGGUGAUGAAAAAACUGGAUGAGGAUAACGCCUGGGAUGCAGUGAAGGAAGCCAGUACACAUGUUAAAGGAGUGACACUGCUAGCAAGGGCGAUGGCUAAGCAUGCUGGUCCCAGAUUGCCUGCAAUCGUGGAGUGUCUGUGUCCAUUACUGAACAAUAUCUAUGAAUGCCAGCGAAUCACUGUCACUGCUUUCUUUUCUGAGCUGUUGAACCAUCAUGUGGUGACAGAGCUGAUGUUAGUAGAUGUGUUAAUGAACAACAUGAUGGAGAGGAUAUCAGAUCCAUGCUGCACGGUCCGCAUGUUGUCUGUGCGAGGGCUGGGGAACAUAGCCGUGGGCUCACCUGAAAAGGUGAAUAAAUAUGCCAAGGAGCUGCUGGCAGCCAUGAGUUCAGGAAUGGAGGAGAAAGAUGAUCCAGGUAAACUGAUCACACUUGAGGCCAUGUCAGGCUUGUCUAAAGUUCUUGUCCACCUUGACAAGAAAAACGUUCACCUACUCGCGGUCUACAUCUUCAUGAAGAUUAAACCUUUCUUGGAAAGUGAGAACGAUGACAUCCGCUGUACUUCCAUCCAUCUCAUGGGUAACCUGUCCACGUUUGGCUCAGGAGAGCAAGUGUUCAAAGACCAGAUCCACAAUGUUCUGGUCAGCCUGCUGUUACACUUGGUUGAUCCAAACCCGGAGGUGGUUAAGGCGUGUAAGUAUGCGAUGCGAGUGUGUGCUCCUGUAGUGGGAUCAGAACAGAUCACAGCCAUGUUUCAGAACCACCUACAUGAAGAUAAGAGCUUGCACUACGGAGAAUUCAUCAACGACCUCACAAAAUACCUGAUUCAGGACUUUCCUGGCAUGCUGAACUUCUACCACAUUUCAGUCAUCCAAUUCUUCAAGAGUAACUGGCCUGAGGUCAGAGCAGGAGCUGCCAUGUUUAUAGGGUUCAUGCUGGGAAAUCUUCAAGAGGAGCAUCACUCCCACCUCAACAUGGGCACCAUCACUAAAGGUUUGGUGAUGCUGCUUCAAGAUCCAGAUCCUGUUGUGAGAGUGAAGGCUGCUGAAGCCAUGGGACACUUCCACUGACACACACAUACAAAUACUAGUAAUUCCUUUACACAUCAGUGGUCGAUCAGUAUAGAUAGUAAUUUAAUUGUUUUUUUUAAAUAUUCAGCACUCUGUGUUCCAGUGUGCAGUCAUUCUCAAGUUAUCCAAAUAAACUAACUGCAGACUUUCAUUAAGACCAGAACAGGGACCAAAGAGGAAGAAGUGAGGAGUACGAAACCAAACGGUCACAUGAUCAUGCCAAUGAAAACUAAAAACACUCAGUCACACACACAUGCAGAUGCAUUUAGCUCUUAUAGUCUUAAUUUAGCCCCUCUCACCUUUUACUCUGGUACUUGAAGGAAGAGUCGAUUCUUAACGGUAUUUUAGUGACCCAGGACUGUGCUGCUCUUUACAGAUAGACCUCAUCUGUAGCAUCCUGUCAGUGUGACAGCGACAACGAGAUACACUGUGUUCUCUCGAUCAAUAUAUUAUACGUGAAGUUUCUAAUGCGAACAUGAAAAUACAUUUAAACUUGAGUAAAACUUUUUUAGAAUAAAUAUAGUUUCUUUGAAUACAGAUAUAUAUAUAUGAGCAAGUGAAAGUUGCACAUUUGAAGUACAUGACUAGUUCACGUGAGCGUGGUUGGUAGCUAGUGUGUGUGUGUAGUCAUGGCAGCAUUUUGUGACCAUGUCAGUGAAUGUGGAGUUUAGUUCCAGAAAAUCUCCGUUACAGGUAGUUGCAGUUUAGUGAGCUUGGUUUUGGUGUACUAAAGACCCCACCCUCCCCCUCACCUUUUGAAUCUUUAGCCACUGCUGAGCUGUUUCCCUGCCCUCAGUGAAGACCCUGUGAAACGUGCUUAGAUCGAUUAGAUUUGUGGUUCCACGUGGAUGUCUUAAAGUGAAGCAUAAAAUAAAAAUAAAUGCACGAGAGCUGGAGCAGAUCAGAUUUGAAGGGUUGACAGUGUGUCUGGAGGAUGUGAGUAAUUAAUCCAUAUCAUUUAGCCACUAAAUCAGCCACCAGUAACCAGCCAGUAGCUGUUAGUGUUUCUAUAACCAGCAGGACUCAAGCUCAGUAAUGGGAACUGGGUAAGAGUUUGCCUAUUGACUAAUGCCAGGCUCACCAUCACUGUUUAAUGAUGCUGUUUAUAAAUCACUACCAUCUCUACAGCUGUAACAGUCAUGUCUUCAGCCGAGGCUUUUAAAACUGCUUUGAUUGUCUUGUUUUAUCAGCAUAUGGUUAAUUUUGUUUUUUAAUUUCACGUGAACUUCACAUUAAUCUCACGCGUACACGUUAAUCGCCUGGGAAAAAAAAUCUUUGCCAAACCUCCUGUGUCAACCCUCAUAAACACACCAGCCAAAAUCCUAUCAAUCCAUAACGCUGAGAGGUGUCACAUUAUUUAGAAAACGAACUCAAUUCCAAUUAAUAAUUGUCAAAAAGACAAUUGUAGCCAAUAAAAGGUUACUAACCUAGUGUUGCUUUGUCAAACAGUCCAGCUAAACGUGAUGAAACCAAUGCCAAAUAUCUACAGCCUCAUUAUAUUGUAGCAAUGCCGUUAAUGAUUUUCCUUUAUUCUAGCUUCGAAAGCACUUGAUGCUUGUUUAGUUUUACAGUUGUUGCCUCUAUUUGUGUGCUUUUAGGUACUGAUGUGGGUGUGCGUGUAAAUAUGUGUGUGAGCAGUGUCUUAUACGAGAAUGACUUGAACACAGGACCUUAGUAUUUAUGUCUCCAAUCAAUGUGCUCAAAGACAAGUCGAAAAUAAUAUGUUGUGCAUCCACAUUCAAAUCGAUUUUGGGGCAGAAAUUUCCAGAAACUCUGAUUAAGGUGAUAGCGAUGCAUCGUUUGUUGUAAAGUUUACCUCUGAUAUUUCCGUUGCACUUUUAAGCCCUGCUGUGCGGUUCCUGUUUGGGGAGCUGGCCGGCAAACCUCUGCUAAUUUUCUUCCAAAGUUCAGCAUCACAAGUCUUCUUUAUUUUUCCCUGUUUACUUUUGCACUUGAACAAUUGAGACACAUUUGUCUCUUAAUCCUCACAUUCACACUAUAAAUGUAUUAAUCGCAUACAUAAGCUGCUCCUGGAUCUGUUUUUGCUAGCCCUACAAACAGGGACUCGUGGCCUCCUGCACUUUCUAACACUAUGGCUCGGUUUAGGGUAGUUGGUAUUGUUCUGUUGUUGUAAACUUUGUACAACUGAUAUUGAUUGUUUCAUGUCUUCCUGGUUUUUAACAUGUUCUGAAUGUCAGAUGGUGAUUAUUUCAAAUGUGUCUGCGUGUUGGAGCGUGAAUGUGUGCAUGUCUGUUUUCAAUAGAGUGUGUGAGGACGAUGGUAAUCAGUGCAUCUAAAACGAAUAAAUAAACAGACCCAUUAUAACAUAA